GAGGCAAACGGCGGGGGCGCUCGGUGAUGAGCCGCCGCGGGGACAGGGGCGGUGAAGCAGCUGCAGCCGCCACCAGGAGACGUUGACAUUUGGCGUUUCUGGGGACCGCGGGACCCUUGGGCGGACGGCGACGAGGGCCUUGUGGCUGCCGAGAGCUCCCGUGCUCACCCUCUCUCCUACCCACAGGCGCGGGGCGUCUGCCAUGGAACCGCGUCCGGCCGUCGCCAGGGUUCCCGAACGCCGCGGCCCCGGCUUCCCCGAGCGAUGAGGGGGUAAAAGCGCCCCGCGGUCCGCCUGCUUCCCGCAUUCCGGCCGCCCGGGCGAGCGAGAGGGCCGGUUGGGCGGGUCGUUCGCGGUGCCCGCCCUUGCGCCGCCCCGCCCCGUGGGGUCGCUGCCGAGGGGGCACCCGCCGCCCAUGCCGCCCCGGCGCCCCGCCGCGCCCGGCGCCCGCCGCUGAAGCCCAGGACGCACCGCCAGCCUGUCCGCGCCCGCUGACCUGAGCCGACCGCCCUCCUCCCCCCAAGAUGUGGCACAACGUCGGGCUGACCCUGCUCGUGUUCGUGGCCACGCUACUGAUCGUCCUGUUGCUGAUGGUGUGCGGUUGGUAUUUUGUAUGGCAUCUUUUUUUAUCAAAAUUCAAGUUUCUCCGAGAACUAGUGGGAGACACAGGAUCCCAGGAGGGAGAUCAUGAGCUUUCAGGGUCUGAAACCGAAGAAGACACUUCAUCUUCUCCACACAGGAUCAGAUCGGCUCGCCAGAGGAGGGCACCUGCCGAUGAGGGCCACUGACCCCAGGCAUAGUCCUUCGUUAAUGAAUGAGGAAAAGCAAUUGUGAGCCUCUCUUUGGUGACUUGGCUUUGAAAUUUACUGAAUGACUCAUGAACAUUUGUACUUGGAUUUUAAGUCCAAUUUAGAAAAAGAUUUACAUGUAAGCCAUAUAAAAAUAAAGGGAAUUAAAACCAAAUUGAACCAUUGCAAACUCCAUCUUAAAGAUAAUCUUUUGCUUCACUUAGCUUUCCACUUACUUAUUCCUUGGCUCUUGGGCUUAUUUUCUCGCUCUGGUGCGAAUGGCAAACAUUACAAGCUUAAAAAAACCAUAUUUUAUUAGUCCUAAAAUGUACACUUUUCUUCACAUUUUAAUUUGUCUAAUACUGGGAUGCAUCUCAUUACUGUCAACCAGGGGGUAGUCAUGUAAUUAAUCUACCUUGUGCAUGUGUGAAUUUACAGCUUGUCAUAGUGUCAUCACUUUAACCAACAUGUCUAUUGUUGGUACCAAAUGUGUCAGGUUUAGUUGACAUUUAAAAAUGUCUUCAAAAAGAUUACACUAUGAUUCAGCAUUGAAACGAAAAGUUAUUGUGUAUGCAGAAAAGCAUGGAAACAGAGCAGCAGGACGUACAUUUGAUAUUAGUGAAGCAAAUAUCCGUCGUUGGAGAAAUGACCGCAAUUCCAUAUUUUCUUGCAAAGCAACAACCAAAUGCUUUACGGGACCUAAGAAAGGAAGAUACCCACAGGUAGAUGAAGCUGUACUACAUUUUGUCAGUGAAACAUGUGCAAAGGGAUUGCCUAUCACACGCCAAGCAAUGCAGCUGAAGGCAGGAGAAAUUGCCAAAACCCUCGGAAUUGAUGAAACAAAAUUUAAAGCAACAAGAGGCUGGUGUGACCGUUUCAUGCGCCGAACGGGACUAUCGUUAAGGCAUCCAACAUCAUUUUGUUCAAAGCUUCCUGCUGACUUUAAACAGAAGACAGUAGUGGAGCACUCUUUCAAGAGAUGCUGCAUCACCACUCCUCUUGACAAUGCUGAGGGGGGCGUUAUGUGGAAGAAUGCAGACAUCUAUGCCUGUGAUUUGAAAAGUGAUUCAGAAGAGUUGGACUCAGAAUAUGAAGUUAUAGUUAUAACUUAGCCAAUUUAUUUCACACAUUUUCUUUACGUAUGCACAAGAUUGAUGUGAUAAAAGCGCUGUUUUAAUAGAUAUAAAAUAAACAUUUUCUGUGAUACGAAAGCAUUGUGUCAUAGUUUAAUGGGCAGUGUUUUUUCUUAGUGAUGCACCUGGUGCAUCUUAACAAUUGAUAUCUUAGAUUAAAUUAAAAAAUAGUUUGCAAAUUUAUUUUUCUUUUUAAGGUAGCAGUUAUUUAUUGGGAACCUUAAUUCUGAGUCUUAUAAUGUUGAAAUUGUUAUCCUGUGUGAAAUAUGUUUUUUUGAGUAACCUAUUUAAGAUAUUACAGUAGUAACUUAGGAAUCUAAGAACUAUCUUCUACUUUAGGAAGAGUAGAAUUAGUUACUCCCUUUGUAUGGGAGGACUUAUGCUCAAGGCAUGUGUUGUGGAAAAAAAUACUGCUUCACAAACAACAAUUCAGUGACAAGACCUCAGAGGUACAAGAUAUUGAGGAAAAAAUAGUGGGCAAAAAUACCUGCUUAGCUGUAAAGUGACUGCUGCCAGGUUUCCGUGUUUGUCUUUACCGAACUUUGGACUGUUUACUAGGAAAGAGAGAUGAAUUAAAGAAGUUCCCUGUUGAGUGUUACCUGCUUUGCAUAAGAAUGAAAUAGAAAGCCAAUUUAUUUUUUAAUUCAAGUUCUUUUUACGUUUUUAGCUUGGUUUUCUUAAGAACUAGUCAUCACAAAAUAUCUAUUAACCUCUGUUUUAUGAUGGUAUAUAAUUACGUUUGAUACCUCAUACUUCAUGCUUAUAGUUUUAUUUGUUUAUUAACAGUUCACUGGCUCUUUAGCACAGUUGUAUUCCUGAUGAACACCUCUUUGCUGAUAAUGUAGCCUUUUGGAGAUACUAAGAGGGAAUUCACAGAGCAUAACCUUAGUCUUAUAUAUUUGCUAGGGGAAGAUUCCCAGGUGCUGAGAGUGGGGCACAGUCUUUCUGUCUUUAUUUCCUUAUUAGAUGCAAUUUUCUAUUUUUAUGUGACUCUAGGGCAUAACAAAAGUGGCACAGUUUCAAGCAUUAAUUUUAAUGCUUCAUAGUAGCUAAGUAUCACAUUAAAAUGAUCAUCAGUUAGAGACAAAAAUGAGUGCCCAAAAAGCUUCUUGGUACUGAGAGGAUAUUUAAGUUACAUUUUUUCAUAGUCUGAUGUUUUGAGCUAUGGAUUCUGCUUUAUGGUGGAUAUCUAAGGUUUAGAUAAUAGUUGCUGAAAAACUUUAAGUAGCUGGUAAGCUUCCUGUUGUCAUUGUUGAAGAAUGAUGGCUCAUAUAGCCCUCCCCCCAAAAUCCACAAGGGUCAUGCCCAAAUUAAUACAAAUUAAUCUGUGAAGAUAAACAUGUUGGCAUUAUUUAUUGACAUUUAUGCUUCAAGGCUUGUCUUACUUUAUAGAAUUUUAAGAAAUGUUCUGUUUAACUUGAGAAAUAUACCUAAAAGUGUACUAAUAGCUCACAUCCACCAUGUUUUGACUCUCACUUGGGGAGAGUAAAGAGAAAUUAUUGAUGCCAAUAUGAAGAUGUACAAACUAAUACUUUGUUUAAAACUUUCUUUUCCUGUACCCCACAACACACUUAUCAUAGUAAGUAUUUCUAAGGCCACAGAGAGGCAGGAGACAUAGUUGUAAAUGCAGAAUUAUUUAGGUGGUAUAGUGUUUCUGUUCUUUUUCCUGUUUAGUGUUUUUGUAACAGCUUACCAGAACUAUAUCACAGCUGCAUUUUCAGUCUCUGGGAAAUGGACUAGCUAUUGAUUAAUUUUAAAGUUUAAAAGGUUAUGAACAUUAAAAACACAUGGAAGUAUUAGAAUCUUGUCUGAACCUCACAAAGAAUGAUGGUGACCAAGUAUGGCAUCUUUUGAGGAUUAAUUCUAAAAUUGAGGACUGGUAGGUUGUUUCAUUUCCUUCCCAACCAGUCAUUUGUUCCCAAAUCUUCAAUUGCCUCUGAAACUUUUUGUGAAAAUUGCCUGCACCAAUUGUAUUGAUAACAUUGCUCUGAUUUAAAUGCCUCAAACACUAAAUAUUUGUGUAGCACUGUUAAAUGAGGUUGUAAUAUUUCUGUCAAACUGAAUAUAAAAUUUGCUUAAUGGAUUUUGUAAUGACAUUUUCAUAGUGGAAACAUAAAUAUAUUGUUACAUGAUGAAUAGCCGUAUCAGAGACAUGCAGACCCAUUUGUUUAGAUACUAGGUUUAAAAACCAUUUCAAAAUGUUAUUUUAGUGGGAGUUUGGAAUAUAUAAAGUAAUGGAUUCAUGAAAUACGUCAUCUUAAAACGUUGAAUGAUUUGCAACUGGUGCAUUUUUACUUUUAAGAGCAACAAUUUUUGAAAUUAUUUUAAGUGGAUGCAAUCUUUUUUAAAGUCAUUUUUUUCACAAAAGGUAUGCUUUAAUGUAACGUGUAACCAAUGUAGCUUUUGAUUUUGACUGGUAAACUUCAAGUGCUUUUAUAUUUGUGGUUAAUUUUAAAAAGCCAAAGGGCAGUCUUCAAAGGUUGCAGACGCUCAAGUGACCUAAUGGAAUAGUUUUCUAUUAUGGAGUCUAGAAUUAAAGCACCUUUUAUUGUCUGCUUCUAAAGAGUGAGUGUCCUAUUGUUUUUAAUUUAAAGCAUAAAGAGUAACAUUUUAUAUUAAUAAAAGUUACAUUUUCCAUUUGUUAGUGUACAUGUACUGCCUGUUUUAUGAGGAAUGUUUAACAUUACCAAGUUAGUUCUGUGCAUAACCAUUCACCAAAUACUGCUGCUGUGGUUUCUUAGAGGAAACAUUCUAUGUUGUGCUGUGAUGCAUUGUCAUCUUGCUGCUUGACAAUGUUUAUAAGGAAUUAGAAUUAUGUGUUUUAAUAAUACCUUCGUAUAACAAGAUGUAAAAUUAGAUGAGGAAUGUGUAUAAAUGAUCAUUCACUGUUUUUGUUUUAAAACUGGUCAAUACUAUAUCUAAAGCUUCUGUGGUUUGUAUGAUGUUUUAACUUUCACUUUAAACUGCACAGAAUAAAAUGAAAACAAAA